AUGGACGGACUCCACAGAAUGGAGAGACCGCGGCUUCAACGGAGUGCGACGACCUCCUCGAGACAUCAAGACGGUGAUCGCCUUAGGCGAACAAUCAGUGUGACUGGAGCUAGAAGAAGGGAGCGACUGAUGCAAAGACAUGCAACUCUCCAAUCACACGCAUCUACGGAGGCCAGUUUCGAAGAAGGGCUGAUUCCUCAGAGCUCUACAUGGUCUGGAUUCAGCACUAGAUUGGGAACACCCCCGCCCAGCCAUUUCAACAUCCCUGCCCGAGAUACCCAUUUCCUAUCCCCGCCGACUCCUUUGGAAGCAGGAUUGAUGAAAGGAGAAGCACCUCCUCAUAGACGGGUACUGUUUUUACUGUUUUUAUAAAGACGGGCACUCUGAAUUUCUGGUCAAAAAAAAGUUUGAUCUGGCAAAAAAGGUCAUCAGAAAAUGUUUUGUAAAAUUGCGCAACCACGUUGGCCCGAAACAAAUUCGAAUUUUAUCUGACCAUUGAAGUAAAUAUUAGUGGGAUAUAUUAGUAGGCAACGCAGGUCUUGUCUUCUUCUUUUGACCUCUGAUGACUUCCCUUUUAUUGUUUAUUUAUAAGACGAUAAGUCCUAAUUGUUUACAGGAGAUCUAUUUCUGAAGGGCGGAUCCCCUCGGUCUCUGUCUUCUUGCCCUGAGGGCGCUUCCAUUUCCGGCACCUUCCGCUUGAUCGAAAUUUAUUGUCAGACGAAAAAUAUUGCCUCCGGAACUGGACCAAAAAAUUAAUUCAAAAUUCGGAGCCGCUUUUGGACAAAGUGUUUCCAGGCAAUUCGUUCGAGUGUCCUCACCAAACCCUUUGUCCUUUAUUUAAUUUACUAUUACUGUUUAACAUCUAUUAUUUGACAAUGGAAUUUUGACACAUUUCUAUCUUUGAUAUUAAUCUUCACAACUGGCAAUCUUUCUUUAUCCAUUUUAUAUAAAGUAAAUUCUGCUGUAUUACUGUAAUCUAGACACCGAAGACAUUAUAGAAGUAAAUCUUUUAUAAUGUCAUCCGUUUAUCGACCCUAUCAUGAGUUCAAUGAAGAAGAAUUGCAGGUCUGAGGGAGUUUGUAUAACUCAACUAGAUUACUUUCUAGGAUACUUUGGAGAAGAUCCCGAUUAGAGCACGAAGUCAGAGUUGGUUGAUACGGACCCGGCAUCUGCUGGACGAUGACAAAGUAUGUUUUGACAAUAGUGGUGAUUUGGUUUCAGAAACGACAUACCCCUAUUAUCAGCAACUGUCUGCUGGUUCUAUCCAUCCUCACCUUGUUCCUCACAUUCCCUUUUUGUGUCCCAUUUUGCAUAAAGAUUGCCAAGUAAGCAUAGCUUUUAUAAUUGAUGGUUUUCUCUUGCUUGGUACUUUAUUUCGUGUAAUUUCAAUGGAUUUAAUUUGCAGGGAAUACGAAAGAGCAGUGGUAUUUCGAUUGGGAAGAUUGCUGAAGACGGGGACAAAGGGGCCUGGCAUCUUCUUUGUGAUCCCUUGCAUCGACACCAUGAAGAUGGUAAGGUCUUGUUUAUAUACUAUAAAAUAUUUUUAGGUGGAUCUCCGCGUAUUAUCCUUUGACGUCCCCCCUCAGGAGAUACUGAGUCGGGAUUCGGUCACCGUUUCUGUAGAAGCUGUUAUCUAUUUCCGGAUAUCAAAUCCGAUUAUUUCUGUUACCAAUGUUAAUGAUGCUCAAUUCUCUACUAAAUUGCUUGCUCAGACUACUUUAAGGAAUGUACUGGGUACCAAAACUCUGUCGGAAAUUCUGAUGGAAAGGGAUAACAUUGCAAGUGUAAGUGUAACUCCAAAAAAUAACUUAUUUCCAGAUUACGGAGAAAGUUCUGGACGACGGUACUGAUCCUUGGGGUGAGUUAUUAUUAUCUAGGAUUACUUUUCUCUUUAGGAGUGAAGGUGCAAAGAGUGGAGAUUAAAGAUAUCCGCCUUCCCCACCAACUUAUGAGGAGUAUGGCAGCCGAAGCCGAGGCCGCUAGAGAUGCCCGGGCUCGAGUUAUUGCCGCCGACGGAGAGAAGAAUGCUAGUGUGUGAGUUAUCACACCUUUAAUGAUGAUCUGACCUCCCAAUAAUGGGUUGUAUGUAUUGUUUUCAGGGUGCUGGUGGAAGCAGCAGACGUUAUCCGCGAGAACAAGGUCUCUCUCCACCUGCGAUACCUCCAGACCAUGUCUCAUAUAGCAGUCGAACACAACAAAACCAUCGUUUUCCCCAUCCCAAUGGAGAUCGUCCGUUCGCUGAUUCAUCGGUGGAAGAAGAAUAAGAGCCAACAGAAGCUAUUAUAA